CGGAGUCGCGGUCCGAGAGCCAUGGAGUCUCGUUCACGCGCCGCUUUGAAACGAGGACGCUUCCUCUGAUCACGCGCGUUCAUUAUCAUCCGCGGUUCUCCUUCCAACGUGACGGAUUUUCCAUUCUUCUCGCAAAAUCUCUCUCAAGCGUGGUGUCACGUCCCGCUUGAAUGGCAUUUCAAAAAGAUCUUUGAUUUCUAUCGCGAGUAUCGUCGACUUUUCACGGGACACAGUGUGUUUUGUCCCGUCUUCUCUCGCACACGGACAGAAGAUUCUUGUUUCUGUUUUGUCAGACAGCCCAGAGGAGAUUGACGUUUGAGGUUUGCGGUCCCCGCGUGUCGGAGGGCCCCUCUCCCAGUCCUUAGCGAUGAUCCCGCCAACGAUGCAUGGCCAUGAAUUCAAUCAGCCUCUGUCGAGGGUGGUUAUGGUCCGUAAAACGGAUCAAAGGACGUUCAGCAAGGGUAGACGAGGUGGUGAGCCUCUGCUGGAAACGGUUACCAGGGAGACCGUCGAGCUUUUCAACGGCGGCCGCGCCGAGAGGAAGUACACAUCCGAAACACGAGACAUCGUCACGCCGAAGUCGAACAGGUCGAGGACGGACUCGGUGAGAUCGAAGUCCCCUCUGACAGCGUCGCCAGCGUCGCCAGGUCCACUGUCGAACUCCUUGCACGGCAGUUUUCACGGUAGUUUAGGAAGCGAUGGCAUGUCUUGCAGCAGCGCCAGGUCAUCCUCGGCCUCCCCUGACUCCGCAAGAUAUUCCUCCACGCCGAUAUCAAAGACUGACACACGUAAACCGUCUGUGCGCAGAUUGGGGCCUCCUAAGGAGUUUAUCAACGUCUGCCUCGAGACACACAAUUUGUACCGCGUAAGGCACGGCGUACCACCUCUUCGUCUUAACAAACAGUUGUGUAAAACAAGUCAGGACUGGGCCAACAUACUGGCAGCUAGGGGUAGAUUAGAGCACAGGGCGAACAUAGAUUAUGGCGAAAAUCUGUAUUGCAUGUGGAGUUCCAACCCGAAGACUAUCGUAGGCGGAGACGAGCCGGUAAACGAAUGGUAUGCUGAAGAAGCGCAACAUCAGUACGGAAAGGAGCCCACCACCUUAAAAACGGGCCACUUCACCCAAGUCGUGUGGAAAGACAGUACAGAGUUGGGUGUCGGAAUGGCCAGGAAUCGAAACGGCGAGGUUUACGUCGUUUGUAAUUAUAAUCCUGCCGGGAAUUUCUUGGGUAGCUUCACGGAGAACGUUCUACCUCCAGGAGGUUCGAGCCCUACCAAAAAGAUCAGCUUCCUUGACUCUAAGGCGCGUUACCCGCUAGACGAACAAUCGUGGCAACAAGAGGCUCUACUCGUUCACAACGAAUACAGAAGGAGACAUCGUGUUCCUGACCUGAGGUUAAGCGCGGAAUUGACGUCUGCAGCUAAGGCGUGGGCGAACACGUUGCUGAACACGAACAAGCUGAUUCCUCAGUCGACGUCUCCGUACGGGGAGAAUAUCUACUCGAUGCAAUGUUCGGAUCCGAAGUUAAUCGUACCGGCACGGGAAGUUGUUUCCAAAUGGUAUUCCGAGAGGAAAGAGCACAAAUACGGCACAGAGCCAAAGAUCUUAAACACGUGUCAUUUCACGCAGAUCGUUUGGAAAAAUACCAUCGAGAUGGGUAUAGCGAUGGCGAAAAGGGACGGAACCUGCGUGGUAGUGGCGUGUUACCAUCCGAGAGGUAACAUCGUUGGUCAGUUCACGGAGAACGUGUUGAAGCCUGUGAAGAGCCACUAGUUAGUGUUCGUUAGACGGAUUUACCCGCACCUGUCGAUACUGUAUUUAAGCGAUGUAUUUAUAAUACCAUGAAUAGCGACAAUACAUAAUACAUGUAUAUACACUAACCAAUACACCACAGAUGUGCAUACACGUAGAAUAAACGAGAACAUUCCACGUACUACCGCGAAAUCGUAAACAUCUCGUCUGUUUUAUUAACCGUCGAUACAGAACAUGGCGUCAUGAUAUUGAAGAAUCCUCAGCAACGACGAGCAUAAGACGUGUAUGUCUGCGUUUGACCAUUUAGAACUGGCUUCGUUUUUUUUUUUUUUU